AUGAACCACCGCAACCCUCCUCCAUCUCCUCCUCCGCCGCCGCCCCCGCCGUACAUCCGCCUCACCACCACCGCCCAAAUCAUCAAGCAGACGACGUCGCUCUUCUGCUCCCACCUCCUCACUUUCCUCUUCCUCUCUACUCUCCUCCUCACCUUCCGCUCCAAUGUCCACAGCGCCUCCCACUACCUCUCAUCCCUAAUCGACCGGGAUCCCUCCCUCAAAUUGCUCCUCUCCCGGAUCGACGACGCCGCCCGGAUCGGCGGAGGCAGCGGCCACCACCACCACCACCGCCACCGCCGCCGUGGCGGGUUCCUCCACGUCUCCCGCGUCGGGACCCUCGACGACGAUUUCUUCUCCGGGGGCUCGAAUUUCGACCGCUCCCUCUUCGGCCCUUCCUCGACAAAGUCCCUCCCAAAUUCCACUCUCCUGAUUCUGUCGGACUUCAGCCCUAGCUACGGCUUCUCCGGUUCUGUUAUCGAUAAUGGGAUUUCUUUCCCGGCUAUUGUCAAGCCUGGGGAUUUCAGUUUCAAGGCUGGAUUUGAAAAGAACGCUACUGUUUUGGAUCAAGAUGGGAUCAAAUCGGCGGAAAGCAGCAGUAGAUUGGACGAUCCCAAUGCAGUCUUGGAUUUGGAUUUCUUGAUGAAAGGUUUCGAAUUGGGACGCCGGGACGCUACUUCUUUGUUCUUCUUGGCAGGGAUUUUAUCCGCAGCUUAUGCGUAUGUUGUGUUUGCAUUCAUCGUGACUUACACUUGGGCAAACGGGGUCGUUUUUCUCAAAGUAGUGGACCACUUGCUCGGAAAUUACAGGUCCUUUUUCCGCACGUUUUGGGACGGGUCGAAUGUUGGGCUGAGGAGGCUUUCGGGUUUCGUUCUGAUGAAAUGGGCCGUGAGGGAUGCUCUUGCUCAGUUGAUGGGGAUAUAUUUCUUUGGCGAGAUUGAAGAUCAAUACAUGUUCUUUAAAGUUUUCUUGAGAAUGAAGUUCAUGCCUUUUGCCAACUUGGCGCCGUGGGUAAAGGGGCACGAAUUGGACAGUGCAGGGUUCAUUGUGAUGUGGUUCUUGAGUGAUUUGUUGGUGGGUUUAUUGUUUUCUGUCGAUUCGUGGGUUGCGAUUGUGGACUCGAGGAGAGGUGGCAGAGAGAUUGUGAAAGAAGGUUGCAGGAUAUUGACGGCAUUAUUCGGCCCGGCUUUUGAAAUACGUUGGUUUGAAGCAAUCAUUUGUGGGUCCGUGGGGAGAUGGAUGCUGAGGAGAGUAUUUGGGGAGGUUUUCACAUUGUGUUUACAGUCGUUAAUGGAGAUUUAUUUCAUGGUGGCUUGGCUGAUCUUUUAUUUUGCGGCGAGGCAGAAAGACGAUGCUGCCCUCGGGAGGACGUUUGGUCGAAGGGAAUUGGAAGGUCUUCUUGAUAUUGCUAGGUGA